UGUGUUUUUUAAACUCUUAUUCUCAUUCAUUAUAUUAGACAUAUUCGGAAUGGAGGGGGUAUGUCCUUGAACUGCAAGGCUCUGAUUUUUUUGUAUACGCUGGAGUCUUUCACUUUUAUCGGGUCGGGCUAAAAUAUAUUUUAAAUUGCUUAAUACACUUUAAGUCUGGUGCAAUCUAGUCGCGCACGUUACAACCGCAGUGGUCGGAUGACAUAAUGCGUUGCUCUUAGAAUGUAUACUCCACAGCGCGUAGAUUGGGGUCAAAACCAUGUGCGAUAUUACUCAUUUUUAAUAUUUUUUUAAUUAAUAUUUAUCCUUUUUGAGUAUUUUGGCUUGUGUUAAUCGUAAAAAUAUUUUGUUCGUCAAAUUCUUUAAUGAAUUUCAAGUACUCGCAAAUUAAUUUCUUUGAUAUUUGUUAAAAUCAUCGUUUACCUUAAAAUUGGGUUGGUAGACUAGGAGAAACCGACCUAAUUUUUAUUUGUGGUUUUAUGAAUCAUAUAGAAGUUAAUUAACUUGACUAAAAUCCGCGAUCGGAUUUGUAGCGAAUAAAAAGUAACUUCUAAGUUAGUUUUAAAAAUAGUAGUGCAAUAAAAAAAAAAAUGCGUUCACUCAGAAUCUUUCAACAUAAUGUAUGUAAUACACAUAUUAUUUAUGUUAAGGCUAUACGAUAAUUAUGUACUAGUAGAUGAAUAGAAAUUUAAGGGAGAAUAUGAACAAGGCUGUUGUAGGAAGUGUCCAAAUUAUGCCCAUACAAAAGGUCUUGCGUUCCAAAGAAUCUUGAAAACCAAGUUGUUAAGUAGAACAAAAAAGGCAAAGAUUUUCUCUAAAGUUAUAUUAUAAGAAUCUCACUGGAAGAUGGUCUAUUGGUGGAUAAUUUCAGCUUUUUGGUAUGCUAUCAUUAUGAUAAUUACUAACCCGUUGAUGCCCACGCUGAUUACAGAGGUUCUUCCUAAAUUACCUUUACUACUCAUACAACGAUUGGGAACUAUUCCAAUUGAGUCAAUAUAAUAGAACUUUUUGAUCACAAGUCUUCUACGCAUGUGGAGUUAGUUUACGUGCAGUUUGCCUACUUGAAAGUGAAAAACUAUACUACUGAAGUAAUAAGUCGUCGGCCUUCAGACUGGUUCAUAGAUAUUAAAAACAAAUCGCUCAAUACGGAAAAGUAUUCAAAAAGGAGGACAGUUUCCGAUGUAUUCUAAACCAGAACAGGCCGAAAACAAUAUGUUCAUUAAGAGUUUAUCACCUGCGUGGUUGGCCAAAGUAGCAUACGUUGUCAUGCUUCAGAUGCUGUUGUUAUCUACUGUGCGACAAGUGGCUGCGGUCAAAAUGGCUCGCGUGCCCCGUAUAUACAAUGCACUGAUUACCAGCGACCAAGAACUCAUACCCAGCCAAGCUGAUCCGAUUGUUUCACCAGUAUUGCAUCCUCUUCCAUUCUUAGUGUUACCAUAUACAUCAUACUCUAUGUUUUCUUUAUAUCCUACUGGAACUAAAAAGUAUAUUCACUCUUACACAGCCGAGCCCGAAGAAAGGCCAGAGGCAGAUAAUAGUGCCGUUAUUAAGAAUAAUACGCCAGAAAAUAGAGAAAUUCCUGAUGUACCUCCACCUCCACUAUUUCCCCAAAAAAUUGGGAAAAAAGAAGAAAAAAAAAUUGAAGAGUUUCCACCUGCACCAGUUGGUUAUGCUGUUUAAAUAUUUUAUGAUAUUUGUUGAUAAUUCAAAUUGCAUGUGUUUUAACUAUUAGCUAUUAAAAUUAAUGUACGAUGUACAAACAUGCAAUAAUAUGAUUAAAAGACAACAGGGACAGUUAUAUACUAGAGUAAGUGAGGAUGUAAGGUUUAAGAGUUAUGUUUUGACUAUCAAAAUAUGCAUGAUUGUAAAAUUAUUUAUUUAUGUGCAAGCCUAAAAUAAAAUGCUCAAUAAUAUAA